AUGGUUAUCGAUAGCAGGACUAUGGAGUCAGCAGAGGAGGACGCGCUGCUCGGAGAGGAGUCAGAGGAGGAGCACAGCGACUUAUCAGACGGCGAGCUUCAAGAAGCCUUUGCAAAGGGGUUGUUGAAACCUGGAAUGAACGUCCUGGUGGAUGAACCCAAAAAGUGUGUCAACAAUGUGGAGGGUAUGAAACAGUGCCUUGCUGACUUCCGUAAAGAUCUUCCCUGGACGGAGAGGUUAGACUUGACAAACCUGCCAGCUGAGGACGUCCUCUCAAAAGUUGAAGGGAAAGUUCCAAAUGCAGCAAAUGGAGAUGUCAACGUGGACGAUGAUUUCCAGAGGGAGAUGUUCUUCUAUCGCCAAGCUCAAGCUACAGUCCUCGAGGCACUGCCCCUCUUAAAAAAGAACGGCAUUGCCACCAAGAGGCCUGACGAUUACUUUGCAGAGAUGGCUAAGUCAGACCAGCACAUGCAGAAGAUCAGGCAAAAGCUGAUCUCAAAGCAGAUGAUGAUGGAGAAAUCGGAGAAGGCCAAGAAGCUGCGUGAACAAAGGAAGUUUGGCAAAAAGGUCCAAGUAGAGGUGAUCCAGAAGAGGCAGAAAGAGAAGAAGGCUAUGAUGAACGCUGUGAAGAAGUAUCAGAAAGGAAUGACUGAUAAACUGGAUUUCUUGGAAGGAGACAAGAAGGCGGGUAAAGACUCUUCUCAGGGACCCAAGAAAGUGUCCAACAAGAAGGGCCCCAAUGCCAAGAGAAAGUACAAGGACCAGAAAUUCGGCUUUGGAGGCAAGAAGAGUGGGAAGAAGUGGAACACCAAGGAGAGCUUCAACGAUGUUUCCAGUUUCCGCGCCAAAGUGGCUCAUGCAAAGGGCGGGAAAGGAGGGAAGAAAGGCAAAGGAGGAAAACAAAAUAAACGCCCAGGAAAGUCUGUACGCAAGAAGAUGAAGUCCCGCUCGUAAGAACAGGCUGGACUUGAAUCUUGCCUUGGCGCAGGACGUUUUCAGGAGAACUUUUUCUUCUACACUUUUUUGUACAGUAUGGCUUCUAUAUAAUGUGUCUGGAUUGAUGUGGAGAAACCCUUCAAGCCACAGAGAGACAAAGAAAGACAUCAGGCCAUACUGCUGAGGGAGCUAUUUAAAGGACGCGACUGGUGAAGAAAAGACCUCACUUUGUAGGGAAGGUUAACCCAAGAGUGGACUAAAUACCUGAACUACAAUGCUGUUAUCCGAGAAAAAAAGAAAGAGAGAAUUUGAAUGUCAAGAAAAUGUUUAAUGUCUUUUCCUCUUUAUAAUUUGCUCAAGAUCAGUUUUUACGGUCUGAGGACAUAUUAUCUCUGAAGUGGUUUUAAAGCUACUGUCUGUGAUCACACCUCAGUAUCUACAACAACCUUGGCUGUCUUAUUUUAUGCUACGUGCUCCUGUUUGGUGUUUUAUUUUUUUUCUAACUCUGCUCUUUGACACAUUGAUUCUCUCCCAUGUGACAUGACAUUUUAUAAUAUUGAACAGUUGUUAGUUUUGUCCUUUCCCGUUCGCUGAUAUGAUUAGUAUGUGAUGGGGAGACGGUGCUUUGUAUAGACCUGUGCAAAAGUUUUCCCUGCAAGUGUUUUUUCUUAAAUUGCUAAGAUGAAAAAAAUGCUUUUGUUGAAGACGCCUGUAUGUUUGUAUGAUACACAAAUAAAAAAUCUCAACACA